AUGAGUUUUUCUCUUUCAUGGAUUUUAGUUGAUUCACAACCAAUGAUGGAGGAAACUAUUUUGAUCGGCGAUGAUCUUAUGAUGGGGCCCCCUUCACCACUCAUUCCACCAAAAAUUGCCUCUCAUGUACUCGAAGGUGUUGAUUUGUGUGAUGGGAUAUUGAGGAACCUAUUUUUGUGCUUGCAAAUCAAUGAUAUUAAGCCAUUUUGUCAAGAUGAGAUUGCUUUAUAUUGGCAGUGUGCAGAGAAAAUGGAUAAGGAACUAAGGGAACAACUUCAAGAUAGUGAGCGCAAAUUGCGGUCAUCUAUGCCUUUAGAUGAAGCAAAUGAAAGAGCAACUCAACUGCAAUCAGAAGUUACAUCAUUGGAUAGGCACUUAAUUCUGGCCAAUGGAAUUGAAGACAUGGAUGGAUUUCACCAGAGAUGGAGUUUACAUGGUCACCAGUAA